AUGAUCGUUUUGGCGCUGAUCGCCGCCGCCUUCAUGAACGGCGAUUGGCUGGCGGUGAUGGCGCACACGCAAAUGUACUUCGACGGAGGACAUCAACCUGCACAAUUAUCGCACCACCGACCGCGGCUGUCCUGUUCGUCGUUCUUCGAUGAAUUCAAAGUGCAAUUAUUCUGGGCCAUGGUCGUCGGAUACGGUAUAUACUUUGGCUUUUGCGGGUACUUGGAAUGGAAAUACUAUGUAAAGGGACGUGGCAAGGAAGCCCAGUGGAAAUGUCAACCGAACCGGCACUUGCCCAGACACCUGGUCUGGGAUCAGAUCAAAUGGGGCUGUAUAGGUCUGAUGGUGACGAACGCGGUGUCCGCGGCUGUGGCCACACACGUCAGUUGCGGCGGUUACAGCAAAGUUUACACAGGAUUCGGCCAGUACCCGUGGUGGUGGUGGAUACUCCAGUGGCCAGUGAUAUUCUUCCAGCAGGAUUACGUGACUUAUUGGAUUCACCGGUCGUUUCACUCGAAGUUUUUGUUCAAACACUUUCACAGCAUCCACCAUAGGUACUUUCAGCCUACGCCGUGGUCGGUGACCGCCAUACAUCCGUUGGAGUUGACUACCGUUCAACUGGCCAUGGUCUUGCCAAUAUUUAUUUAUCCCGUGCAUUGGUUUCCGUUUUACGGAUUGGCUCUUUACACUUACUAUCACGGUAUCGUGCAACACUCGGGAAUCGCUUUCAAGGCACAGUGGUGGCAGCCCUGGCAACCGGAUUGCAUGUUCCACGACAAUCACCAUCAGUACUGUCACGUCAACUAUGGAUUUAAUUGCUCUAUUUGGGAUAAGAUCCACGGAUCCAUGAGAAAGAUCGAUCGUUGUUACAGCGAGCACACGGAUUCUUGGGGUUCCGGACGACCAUUGGCGGACUUGUCAAGCAAAGAACGGCACCGAGAAAUUCAGGAGAGGAUAACUGAAAACCCGAUGGCUUACCGCGAACAAUUUAACCCUUACUUGUUGAAAGAUGUCGACGGUGACGUCGAAUAA